CGGUCGCCAUCACACCUUCCAUUUUAUCGUGACGCCUUCAUGCUUCAUUUUAACUUUUCGAAAAAAAGUUUAUUUCUUUUGAAAAUUAUCCGGUUUUUUGUGAAUCUUUCGAAAUAUUGAACGCAAUUAUAAAAAACCAGCUAUAUCUCCGAUACUUUAAUUAAAUUAACGAUGGCUUACAACACCCGAAGAAGUGGCGGCGGCGGCGAGCCCAUAAAUACAGUUGGUGCACGUCGGAAUCCUCCCCUCACCAACAAUUUCAUACCUGGCGGCCAGGUGUCGAUGGGCAAUGGCUAGAUAGAGCCUGGGUAGUGGUACUGUUAUAGGCACCUCGUUGUUUAGCGUUCCUCCAGCAAAAAUUACAGCCCCGAGCCGUGCUAGCUUUGCUGCAUAUGUUUCGGUGCGAAUCGAUGCAUAUGCGCAAGAGUCUCAGAAAAGCCUGUAAUCUUUGGUGGUUGAACAAGACUGUGUACCUUGGCGCUUUGUUUCAAAAUUUGUUUGAUAGGAAACUAUCAAGGCAUCAAACAAAUCUUGCAAAAAGACAAUUCCGGUCAAGGUAUUCUUGACUUGAAAUCUUUAUCUGCACAUCGCAGCUAAAGAUGCACCUAUACCGGUGCGCACAACCAAGAAGGUUUUAUUUAACGAAAAUUAAACCUGCUCUAUAGCUAGCGCCCCAGAACAGGCCUCCGCAGCCCAGAAUGCAGCCGCCACCCAAUCAGAAUAACGCCAAUUUCAGGCCGCAACAGAGGAUGCCAGUGCCCCCUCAAGGACAAAAGCAAAUGCCUCCCAAUGACCCGCCACAGAAGAUGCCGCAGCAAAUACCGGGGUUAGAUAUACCACUGAAAGUGGAAGGAGCAAUGCAGUCUGAUGCUGCCAAUGAAACGGGAAAGCAGAAACCUCUGUGGCUAAAGACAGCGGCCAAUAAAAUUACGAGAAAAGAGCGCCAGCGGCGCCGAAACAUCCGUCUCAGUCGAAUGAUUCAGCCGAAAAAUGCCGUCAUGAUCUUGAAUGAACUCGUCAAAAGUGCAACAUAUACUGUAACAGACGUGCCUCAACCCCCUGAGAUGAACCAGUACACGGCAACAGUUCUGGUCGAUGGAGUAACCCAUAUCGGUCAUGGCCGUAGCAAAAUGGAAGCCAAAAGCAUGGCGGCUGAAAACGCCCUUAAAUACAUUGUGAAGAAUCGCCAGUUCUCCGCUUUAUCAAAAGACGUAGAGGGGGACGAUAAAAUGGAAAUGGGUGAGGAUGGAACGCCGACUCUUCCAUGGCAACACGUCGCAUCCUUUGCUUUGUAUAAGUUGCUCAAUGCGUGGGGCGAAGAUCCCAAUCAGACGAGAGGGGACGCGGGACCGGGACAGAUUCCGCAAAAUAGACCUUCGCGAAAAAUGCCCGAAAAUGCAGCGCAUAUGAACCCGCUAAUGCUUCUGAAUCAGAUGAUGCCGCAUGCGCAGUUUGAGGAACUGGGGAGGACCGGGAAUCCCCCGAAUGUCAUUUUCACGUUCAAAUGUACGGUCGGUGGACAGUCGUUCAAUGGAACAGGUCCCAAUAAGAAGUCUGCGAAGAAAAUGGCUGCUUUCGCAGUGUGUCAUAAGAUGUUAGGUAUCCAAUACCCGCAAGAAGUAUACACUCCUUCAAAUUAAUUAAAUUGAAGAAUUUUUCUCAAAUUUUUGCAUUCUGAAGUGUAACCUGAUGUAUUCAUUGUAUUGCUUCUAGAUUUGGCUAAGUGCAAAUAAAGUGCGUUUCUUGAGUAAA